AUGAGUCAGUUAGAGGAGGAAGAGGCCGAGGAUACGAAAAGUUCUCUAAGUGAGAAGGUUAUGAAGGAAACCUACAAGCCGCUGGAGGAGAUGGAGUGGCCGAGCUGCUUCCCAGCACCACCUAGUAGCCCCAGCAACACCAGCUCAUCACCUUCUCACGAAUUCCUGCACGAAAUAUCACCCUCACCUCCACCCAACUUCAAGCAUGAAGCCUCACCAUCACCACCUCCUGAUUUUAGACAUGAAGCUUCGACUCUUCCAUUGCGUGAUACUAAGUACAAGGAGACGGUGCUUGUGUUACCAGAGAGUGAUCUACACGACACUUUCUCAUCACCAACGUCACCCAUGUAUAUCGAGCAUCAUACAUCCCCUUCACCUCCUCCAGAUUUCCGUUGUGAUGUCACACCCACUCCUCAUCCAAACACCCCAGUACGAUCACCCUUAAGUUGCAGCUCUCCUGUUUCUCCACCUACUCAUCUUAUAAACAGCCUCCCACCAAUGUGUUCACAGCAAAAAAAGUCGCCAUCCCCUCCACCAGACUGUAGAUGGAUUUACGUAAAUGAUUUGCAACAGCAUUCUUCUGCCUCCUCCCCGCGGGGUUCUGUCGCCUCUCCUUCACACGUAUGUCGAAGGGGUUCCUCCUCGUCUGUGAGCCAACAGGGUGCCAUAACUCUCUCUCCGGCAAAGCUUCAGUACGAGAACCAUUACUCUCCACCCGGCAGUCUUCACUCUGCUCCUCCAUUAUCACCAAACUUAGAACUCACGCCCCAGUCACCACAUGAAAGUCAAAAUACCUCCUCAUCCGCGAGCACAUCACAACACGACAGCUCACUAUUAUUCUUGUGCAAUAUGUCACCUUCACCUCCUCUGCCACAUUUCCCCAACGAAGACUCUUCCGAAUCCCCAACGCAGUACGAUAUACCGGAAUCCGACCAUUCAGAACAUUCCCAGAAGUCGUCAACAGUAAUGGGUGCUGCAAUCCAGAAUGAGACGCUUCACCACCAGGACACACCAAGCUCCUCACCACCAAUGAAUCAGCAAAGCCAAUUGCCAGUUCUGACACAGCUUGAGACUGAGACCAAUCGCUCAAGUUCCUGUCAGCAGCCACCAACCCCGCCACCAAUACCACGUUUCUUUGACGACGACGAAGACAUCCCACCAACACCUCCACCAAUACCUAUCUUCUUUGAUGUCGAAAGUCCUCCGAUAACGCCACCGUUACCAGUCAAGCAAAGAAAUCUGAAGUUGAUAAACCAAGCCGAGAUUAAAACAGAAAAUAUACACCAACAACCUCUUCCUAGAAACGAAAUUUAUUGUAUGCACAGUAUGUUGCCAACACUUGAUGUAAUACAGGAAAGUUCGCCACCUGAGUCACCCUUUGAAGCACAUCAGGAAACCUCUCCACCUGAACCUACCUUCGACGUUCACGAACGUCGCCACACUGAACCACCUUUUGAUAUUGCUCACAAAAGUCCUCCGCCUAAACCACCAUUCGAUAUAAACCACAGAAGUCCUUCGCCAAAAUCUUCAUCGGGUACGACACCUCUUAAAACCCCUGGUGAGAAAGGGAAUGAAGAACCUUCUUUGUCACCUCAAUCACACAUUGGUCUGCAAGACAAGGAGCCUUCGCCUCCUCCAUCUCUCUGUGACUUGGAAGACAGGAGCCCUUCGCCUUCUUCACCACACAAUGACCUCCAAGACAAGGGUUUGUCGCCUCCUCCACCACACACCGACCUGCACCACAAGGACCAAUCGCCUCCUCCACACCCCGACAUGCACCACAAAGGCCAAUCGCCUCCUCCCGACACCGAUCUGCACCACAAAGGUCAAUCGCCUCUUCCCGACACCGAUCUGCACCACAAGGACCUAUCGCCUCCUCCCGACACUGAUCUGCACCACAAGAACCAAUCGCCUCCUCCCGACACCGACCUGCACCACAAGGACCAAUCGCCUCCUCCACCACACAUUGACUUGCAACACAAGGCCCCGUCGCCGCCUGCGUCACCGACAUCAACAGCUGCGGAUAAAAGUGAGAACUUGCCAUCUCCCGAGUACUUCACCCUUCCCGACAACUGGCCCUCCUACCCGCCCUUCUUAUUCGGCGACUCAGACUUCCCGCCACCAUAA